CGCCGAAAUCAAAAUGACGUCGUGAAACGCGACGUCAUCAACAAAAUGGCUGCGCCCUUAAAGCCUUAACUAAAGGUACCAUAAAUAGUAAAUAUUUAGCAUUAAAUAUGUCUAUCGUUUUACCGAAACGAAAGAAGAAGAAAGAUUUCUUCGUUCCACGAAAGUCAUUCCAAGAGGUCAAAGAAGCCAUAGGGCCGGCGUUCUUUGAUCCAACAUUAUUGGAAUGCUCGAAAAAUGUUGCAGAGUUAACGAAACUUACCCACCGUUACGAAGAUAUAGAUAAAGAACGGAAAACGGUAAUACGUGAGAUAGAUCGCGAGAAAAGGAUCUUAAUGCGAUCCGUUAAACACACUUUCUCAUCUUCGAGAAAAGAUGUCACAAAAUCGCAGCAACAACGGAACAUCGAUCUUAUUGAGACAAAACAAGGUAUUGAAACGCUUGACGGCAGACAGGUGACGCCUGGUUUCCGGUACACGUCUUGUGGGAACAUCAAACCUUCGACGAUGUCACUACCCCUGUGCCAUAUGGAUUCAGACAGUGACAACGAAACUGAUGAAAACCAACGCGCCGCUGAGUGGAGGAACAUGCUAGCUUACGACACAAGUCGCGCGUCGCAUCCCACUUUAAAAGUUGCAUACUCGUAUAAAAACGUCUCUGAUUAUGAAAGCAUCGAUUACGAUCAAGAAAUAAAGAAUCUCAAGAUGGCAAUCGACGAAUUGUGCCAGGAGCUAGAGAAAAGCAAACUAAAUCCAAGCGACAAGACACCAUCAAACCAAGACGGGAAAAUUCGACCGUUUUUACGCGCUCAUACAACGGAUUAUCACUCAGAAAACUAUUUGACAGUUUUACAGAUACCAGACAGACGAAACUCGCUUCAAAAGCGGUCUCCCCAUCUGAAGCAUUCCAAAGGCGAUCUAUACCGUAGAGCGGUCAGCACGCCGUCUCAUCGCUCAUGCGUGGGGUGUCAAUUCCGGUUGAAAGAGCAGUUUGACUUAACGUUCUCGGAUCAAGUCCGAAAAUUCGACGAAGCUAAAAACGUUUUAAAGCGUAAAUGGAGUUAUGUUCCUCACGGGAAGUACGUACAUUCUUCAACAAUUAUGGCGUCACAAACGACACUAGCUAAGUCAUCGUCGUCGCUACCGUCUACGUCGAACAGGAGCUUUCACCAGAAGCGGACGACGCAUGCAGCGCCGCUACACGACGAAGCAGACGAAAUAAUAGACACGAACGGCAGGCGAUCAGUUGUGCACUUUAACACAGAACAUAACAACGUUCGAGAAAACAAUAAGAGUUCAAAACUUAAUAAUGGGCAACCAAGAAUGUAUGCCAAAAGCGCUUCAGAUGUGAACUAUUGGGACAGACCCACAACCACACGCUCGAACACCAGAACCGAGAGCGCGCAGACCGGAAGUACGGUGCUUGAGAUGCGCGCGGGACUCAGCCUCGAUUCGGCUAUUUCCGGUAGAUCCAGUGGCCGCAUGACGUCUCGAAACGCCUCUCGUAUGCUCAUUGACUACGACUCUAGGCUAGAGAUACUAAAGGAAUUACAGGUCGAAAACGACAAACUUUGCGACAUGCGAGUAAAGAGUUUCCUGUCCACCAUACAGCCGCCGCAGAAACAGCGAUGAACCGCCCAUCUGUAAUGUCACAUGGUGUCGUUGUUGGUUCAUAGUUCGUCUCUUCCUCGCCGACAUGAGCCGGGCCAUUUUUCCCCGUGUAAAAGUAUGACAACACGCCAUUCAAACUUUUCAAUGGUCAAAGCUGGCCCGCACAUAUCAUGUUUUUUGUACAUUCUGGUAUAAAAUAGAUAAGAACAUAAA